GGGAAGAAUCCAAAGUUCAUGUUUUGACAACGAAGGAAUAGGGAGAUACUCACAGUGAACUUGUAAGAAACUGAAACAACCCCUCGGAAUUCCCUCAAAUCACAAGGGCAAAAUAGUAAAUCAGUUAAACUUUACAUUUAGCGGGCGAAACGGUUUCAUAUUUUUCGCGGUGGUUGCGGAAUCCAUAGCCUAUACCCCAUAACCCGCUUCAUCUCAUUCUCCACUCCGUUAUCUCUCUCUCUCCGGUCACCACCGGCGGCCACCGAGACAGAGAAAACGGUAUCACACAUUUUCCCCUUUAUCUUCCAAUUCAAUCACAAAAGCGAUCGUUGCUUUGCUUUACAGAUUAUCUAAAUUCUCGCGUUUAUUUUCACAUAGCGAAACGUUGAAGAAACGAAAUGGAUAAAAGAGGUGUUAUUAUUGUUGCAACGAUUGCGAAUUUGUUGAUUUUCGAAUUGGUGUUUUGAUUGUGGCUUGUGAAAGAUUAGAAAAACGACGACGUCCGUAAUGGAAGUCGUAGUAGAGGAACAAGGAAACACAGUUCCUCAGAAUAAUGGCCAGGAAGAGAAAAUCUAUGUUGCGAUUCGAGUAAGGCCUUUGAACGAAAGAGAAAAAUCGAGGAAUGAUGUGUCAGAAUGGGAAUGUAUUUCUCAUAAUGCUAUCAGAUUCAAGAACAAUGGCCAUGCAGAACAACGAGAUACAUACGCAUUUGAUAGGGUAUUUGGGGAAAAAUGUCCUACUAAGCAGGUUUAUGAGCAAGGGAUUAAGGAAGUUGCCCUUUCAGUAGUUAGGGGUAUCAAUUGUAGCAUUUUCGCGUACGGUCAAACAAGUAGUGGAAAGACAUACACUAUGACUGGAAUUACUGAACUUGCAGUGAAGGAUAUAUAUGAAUACAUAGAGAAGCAUAAAGAAAGGGAAUUUGUUUUGAAGUUCUCUGCCUUGGAAAUAUAUAAUGAAGCUGUGAGAGACCUUCUCAAUUCGAAUGCUACCACACUAAGACUCCUAGAUGAUCCAGAGAAAGGGACUAUUGUUGAGAAACUUACUGAGGAGACUCUGACAGAGAGAAGUCGGUUGCAGCAACUUAUUUCAAAAUGUGCAGCUGAAAGGACAACGGAAGAGACUGCCAUGAAUGAAACAAGCUCCAGAUCUCAUCAAAUUCUUCGACUGGUAUUCACUUUAUUACAAAGUUACUUAAUAAUUGAGAUUAAUAUUUCGUAUUUUAUUCCUGAAGUUUCCCAAAACGAUGAGCUUAUGAUUGGUUUUCUUCAGACAGUUGAAAGCAACCCUAGUGAUUUUGUAGGCACUGCAAGAUCUGGGGCUGUUUUUGCCAGUGUGAAUUUUGUUGAUCUAGCAGGAAGUGAACGUGCUUCUCAAACAUUAUCAGCAGGAACAAGAUUGAGAGAAGGUAGCCACAUAAAUCGCAGUUUACUGACCCUCGGAACUGUAAUCAGGAAACUAAGCAAAGAAAGAAAUGGGCACAUUCCUUACAGAGACUCAAAGCUUACUCGCAUUCUGCAGAACUCUUUAGGAGGCAAUGCCAGAACAGCCGUCAUUUGUACAAUUAGUCCUGCACGCAGCCAGGUUGAGCAAUCAAAAAAUACUCUAUUUUUUGCUGGUUGCGCAAAACAGGUGACUACUAAUGCUCGGGUGAACAUCGUGAUGUCAGACAAGGUUUUGGUAAAGCAACUACAAAAGGAAUUGGCUAGAAUGGAGAAAGAGUUGAAGAGCUUAAAUACCACCAUACUUAAGGAAAGGGAACUUCAGAUUGAACAGAUGGAUAAGGAGAUCAAAGAACUGACUCGGCAACGCGAUCUCUUUCAGAACUUGCUCCAGUCAGUUGGGAAAGAUCAGGCUAUAAGAGUAGAUCGAGAUAGGGCAUUACAAUGGUCAGGUGUUGCUAAUGAUCCUAGUUCAGUUACAGACAUCGUUUGUGAGAAUCUUGAAAGAUCAACAUCCAGUUCAUCUACUUCUAGCGAGCACCUUUUCAAGCAAUCUACGAAUUCUGAAGAUAACUUUCUCUUGGAUGGUUGUCCUCCUACAUUUGUUGGGCCUGACCCAUGUCAAGGUUGGGAAGAGAUGGGUAAAAGAUCUGAAUCUGAAAAUAACUGCAAUGAAGUACCGGGUGUUGAAAUAAAAGAAGUGGAUACAGAGCACAAAACAGAUAAUAAUAUGUCCGUUCCUGUUUUUGAAGAAAGUGAAGGAAAUUCACCCAUGAUUCAAUUUGUGGACGUAGAUGAUAAAUCAUCCUCAGGGAAUGGGCAUAGCGAUCAAGAUUCUCCUCAUCAUAAAACCGAAGACAUUAAAGGGAUCAACAACCAUCUUGUAGACCUCUCCGAGAAAUCUAAUGACUCAUUUGAGUCCAAAACUUGUUCCUUGGCUGCCAUGUCUCCUCCUCAGGUAAAUAAGGUGGAUCGGGAAAAUUCACCACAUCCUCAGUUCGGUAAGUUGGAGCAAAAUGUUGAAUCAUCCUCAGAGAAUGGGCAUAGCGAUCAAGAUGCUCCUCAUAAAAAAACUGAGGGCAUUAUAAGCACCAACAACAAUCUUGUGGACCUCUCCAAGAAAUCUAAUGACUCGUUUGAAUCUGAACCUCGUUGCUUGGCUUCCAUUUCUCCUCCUCGGGUAGAUAAGGUGGAUCACGAAAAUUCACCGCAUCCUCUGUUCCAUAAGUUGGAGCAGAAUGUGUCACCUCCUUCGUUUACUAACCUAGAUCAGGAACCCACAUUACCUGAUCAAGAAGAGCUUAAAACUAUGUCACCUCGUCAACUUGAUGAUUUUGAACAAGUAUCCUUCAAAUCACCAGCUAGUGUCGAAAAGGAAUACUCUACUAGUUUAGUAUACUUUCCUGAGAAGCUAUCUGAACCGAAGUUACGUACCAAAAGAAGAAAAUCUUCUAGAAAAUCUUCUCUAAUUCACGAGAUGAAUGCUUCAGUGGAAGAUGUGGAAUCUGUUAUGGAUUCUGAUAUGGAGGAAACUUCCAGCGUCCUUAAUUUUGUUGUAAGAAUGAACCAAAGGGCUAAGUCAAAAUCAGCAGACAUUGAUGAUUAUCCUAUGGUACCUGUUAGGACGCCUCGAACCAAUAAAAAUAUGAACAGAGAAAAAGGUCUCAGUUUCCCCGGAGUUUGGGGAUCUUUAAUACCCACUAAAUUUGAGAUGCAACAGAGAGAUAUAGUCGAACUUUGGGACGCAUGCCAUGUGCCACUGGUACAUAGAUCCUAUUUUUUCCUUCUAAUCAAAGGUGAACUAUCGGAUUCUGUGUACUUGGAUAUAGAGCUCAGACGAUUGUCCUUUUUAAAGGACGCAUUUUCUAGUGGAAAUUACAUUACAGGAGAAGGUCUUGACGUCACACCUAAUUCAAGCCUCACGUCUCUGACUCAUGAGAGGAAAAUGCUCAGUAAGCAAGUGCAUAAGAAGUUUUCGAGGAGGGGAAGAGAGGAAUUAUAUCUGAGGUGGGGUAUUGAUUUGAACACUAAGCACAGAAGUAUGCAAUUGGCAUGGCUCGUAUGGUCGGAUACAAGAGAUUUGAACCACAUUAGAGAAAGUGCUGCACUUGUUGGGAAGCUUGUUGGUUUUAUAAACACGGGUGAGGCCUCAAAGAAAACUUUUGGACUUGGCUUCUUAACCCGACUUAAGAGCAUGGGAUCCCCUAAUUGGAAUGACACAAUGUCUACUCUUUAAAGCUAGCUUGAGACAUUUCAGCAGUUUAAAUUCAGGCUUAUUUUUGCUGCUUGUUGUGUCAUAUGAGAAUGAGAAAAACUGUUCGUCGAACCUCAUGCUUAAUACCCAAGCCAAGAUCAGUAAAAAAAAAACAGUCGGGAAACAAACAAAAGCAAAAUAGAAUUUUUGUGCAAAUAAAUCUGGAAAUGAUAUAUCUCAGUUCCACUAUAAAGUAUUUGCUCGAUCAAAUAACCUACGAUUUCCCGGUAAGAGCCGAGAAUAACUGCACUUGACAUAGAUGCAAUUGUCAAAGUGACGACAUAUAUUUUGGACACAGAAUAUUGUGCAACACAUCUGGUUUUUUAUCCCCAGUCACUGUAAAUUCCAUUUUUUAUAUUAAUUUGUUAUUUCAGUGAGAAAACAUUGCUCAGUUGUUGUUUGUAUAGAAAGAUGUUCUAUUUGUUUAUUAAAUAAUAGUAUUGUUGUAAAUUUUAAUCACAACAAAAAUACUACUUAUGAUCUAAAAAUUGAGUGAUACGGCAGGAGGAUACGAGCUAUGAUGUCAGCAAGACAGCCACAGGAAAAAGCCACCAAACAGAACAGUAAAAGAUUACUAGUAAGUAGAUACAUACAGUACAUUACAUCCACUUCCAUUCCAUUAUUGUCGGGUAAGACUGUAAAACCCGUAUCCACCAGUAGAUAUCCAAA